AUGGGCCUUCGCCGCAAAGAUGAGGCUGAUGAACACACAAUAAUGAUGGCCCUGAAAACAUUCCACCCUCCGCGUGGCGCGAAGAAUACCCGACAAGCCGUCGCUCGUCGCCCGUGCCCCGGGCGGGCCCGGGAGCGCCCUGCCGCGCUGCCGCGGCUGGCACCGCCAGAAGCGCGCGUGGCGUCGUCGCCUCACCGCCUGCGCCUCUCGGGCCGCUCUGGCGGGGGCGGGGCAAGGGGGGAGGAGCAGGAGGGAGCAGAAUGGGUUCCGAUUCGAGGUGGGACACCGACGCGACGUCUGCGGACGCGGCGGUCACAUGCCCUCCGCGAUCUUGGCGCCCAUCUUCUUCAUGAGCUUCAGUGCGGCCUCGUCCUGCUCCUUCUCCAUGUUGCCCUCAACGUGUUGUAG